ACCACAGACCCUCAUGGUCUAUACCCGGACGUUCAUGGUUUAUGGACCCCAUGGAAAUGGACAUGUAUCGGUUUGCGAUUCAAUUUAUAGAUGGCACCGUGUUAUUCAUAUUCAUUAAUUGAACUACAAGUAUGUCUGAUAUUAGGACAAUUUCCCGGUAACUGGGUCAAGCUAUACCGGGAAAAUAUUCUGUGAAACUUACAAUACCAAAACCCCGCACUAAAUCGAAACACGGCAGUAUAAUCGACGCUAGUUUUGAUUUUAAGAUAUCGCCAUCUUACGCAGAUUUUUCCGUGGUUUUCCCUUGAUGCAAAAAUGGAAGACUUAGCAGCCUUACUUUUCAUCCUCUUCCUUGCCCCUGUUACUGCGGAACUGUCGGUAACCAGGGCUGCAACAUGGCCGCCAGACGUUGUCAAGGACAACGGAUUAAACAAACUGCCGUUACGAUGCCAGAUCCACUCAGACCCAGGCGAAUUCAACGUUACUUGGUACAGGAAUAGUAGAAGUACACCAAUCAACAUCAGCGACCACUUCACCGUGGAGACAGAUAUGGCCAGUUCGACCUUGGUGAUUUCCGACCCCAGGGUGAACGAUACGGCCACAUAUGGAUGCUUAGUACAGAACCAGAUAGGGGAAAGGGCUAAUGCUAGUAAUUACCUGAUCGUAUAUGAUCAUAGUUCUGCGGAUGCUCCCGCGAGGAUCACCGAAGUCAUGCUGCCCCAAGAUGGUGUCAGUCUCGGAGAUGAUGUCAACCUCACCUGUGUCAUCUUCUACGGCAGAGACGACUGGACGCUUCAAUCCUAUUGGUACCACGAUGGCCAGUCCGUUAACGACACCUCAAAACAUGCGUGGCAAUCUCGCUAUGUUGCUGGUGACACCCAUUUUGGAUUGAUCAUCGUAAACAUCACGGAUGAAGACCUCGGUAACUACACGUGUAACGCUACGAACCAGUACGGGUCUGACAUCAGGACUCUCGACUUGAAGCUGAAGAAAAAGCAACCAGCUCCAAGGUCAGUACUGCUCACAAUCCUAGCAUCGGCUGGCGGCACUGUUGUCUUUGUUGCCAUAAUAGUCACGGCUAGGGUUGCCCGCAUGAGAAAGAAGGAACCGGGGUUGGAUGACCUGCCAUGGUUUAAUACAGAGAAUUAUGAAGCCUCAAAUCACCCUCUUGAGUAUGACGUAUUCAUAUCGUACAGUUCCCAGGAUAUUGCCUGGGUCAAGGACAUUCUUAUGAAGAACCUUGAGAAGCAAGGGUGCAGAGUCUGCAUAGACUUCAAGUGUUUUAUGCCAGGAAUGCCAGUCGUGGAAAACAUCAUGGAAGCAAUCUACAAGAGCAAGCGAACCAUCGUUAUCAUGUCUAAGAACUUCCUCAAGUCCGUCUGGGGGGCGUUUGAACUGGAGCAAGUCCAACACAGGUUAAUCACCAUGAGAGACGAUAGUCUGUUACUAGUAAAGUACGACGGAUGCCAGAUCCCAAGAAAGCUGAUGGGAAAGACAUUCUUAGAUUGGAGCGACAAGAGUGUAAAACCACACUUCUGGGACCGGCUCUUCAAAACUCUCGGUCCCGAUAGGGUGCAGUACAAGGAGGAUUCCUCCUCCAUGCUGGGCAUGGACAUUAACAGACCCACCGACUUCGAGCAGGCCUUCCUUGAGACUGAACAACUCCGGACCCUCAGUGACGAGGAGCCCUUGUUGGAGAGGUUUAAUGGCCAUAUCCAGGGCCCAGAGGAAGAGGACUCCCUGUUGCACAAUAGUGGGUCAUCUGGAUUCGGUAGUUACGGGUCUGACAAUCAAACACUCGAUGGAGUCCUGGGAGGUGUUGUUGUCUGAAGAAAUUCACCCUCAUGGUGACAUGAUGGGCAUUAUGGGUUGAAGGACAUAAGAUUUAUAUGGCAAACAACCACCUUGACAAUUUAUAAUCUAUCUAUGGUACAGUAGCAUUUAAAUGGCUAAAACUCGGCCAAAAUCAAUAUGAGGAAGCAUUUUCUUUGCUUAUUUUGGCGACCAAAAAAUAUAAUUCUUGAAUCUGGGAGGACUGUAGAAUACUCGCCGGGUGAGAUAAUGCUUAGGAAUUUCACAGUGAAAAUGCUUACUGCGGAUUUCUAGUGGUAAACGCUUGUAAAUACUUUAUAAACAUGUAAAUAUUAUGUUGUACAGAAUUUUUGAUACAUUGACUUUUGUAGGAAAGAUGAUGAGUAGGAUGAAAUAGUUGGCCAGAGACCUCUAUUAGCCAGCGUGUACAUUAUGUGUACAUUUUAAUGAAUAUAUGUUGGUGAAAAAAGUACACCAAGGGUGCUUUAAUUCCCACCAAAUUUUAUAUGUGUUUUGAAGAGGCUUUUAUCGAAAUAAUAGUAAAAAUUCAAAACAUUCCAAUACCGAUUGCCUGAGAAAAAUUGAUUUGUGUACAGCAUUGCCACCAAAUCGUCACUCGCGGACUGAUAUGGGCCUAUUAGAAUACAAGUUCUAAACUGGCCAGUGAGACAAUAUUUCCUUAAAUUAAUUAUAAAAAAGUAUAUCCCCGUUAUGGCCUGGCUGUGUAGAUUAAGAAUCCACCAAAGAUUGAAGAAUAAAUCCACUUUCACCCAUCACAGUCAUGUAUUUACCACAGCUUUACAGUUCAGUACGGACUUCCGCCUGUGGAUGAAUACAUGUCUCUGCCCAGUUCUGGGUGUGUUUUUUUUUAAAA